AUGCAUGCUGCAUUGUGGCUGUGCUGUGAUGCUACAACAUCAACGGCUGCCUCUUGCUCAGCCACCCCCGGGAAACGCCCAAGGCUCUCAUAUCAUGAAGCUCGCGUGCUCGCUUUGAGCCUCGAUGGCCCUGCAAUUCGACUGUUCCGCCUCCACAAAGGAAGCGGUAGGAGCAUAACUGGCGAGCUCUUUCAAGCACAUUUACACCAACGAGGUGACGCCGUUUCUUACGAGGCUCUGUCUUACACCUGGGGUCCACCUGAUGUCCGUGAAGACAUUUCCAUAGAUGGCCAAUGCUUGAGCGUCACCGUGAACCUCUAUUUGGCGCUUCAGCAAUUGCGUCAACGGGACGAGGACCGAAUAUUAUGGAUCGAUGCGACAUGCAUAGACCAAAAGAAUUUAAAGGAGCGCGGUCACCAAGUUCAGCAGAUGGGCGACAUCUACAAACAAGCCGAUCGUGUAUUGUUCUGGCUCGGAGCGGCUACGGACGCGACCGACGUAUUCCUCAAGUCAAUGCAGCUCUUACACAGACUGAGCCUACGAUAUCCAUGCAAGUCCUGGAGUCUCGAUGACAGCCGAUGGGAGGACCUCUGGAAAGACGUUCAAAUACAACUAAAUGCUUAUCACGGAAACUCGAACCUGGAAAAUCUGCAGCGAAAGGGCCUAGAGAUUCUUCUAGACAGGCCUUGGUUUCGAAGAGUAUGGAUCCUGCAGGAGGUCGCAAACGCAAAGUCGGCUCUGCUGUACUGCGGCACACAAUCGGUGUCUGUGCGAGUGCUAGGCAUCGCCCCAAUAUUGCUAGGCGUCGAGCCGAACCCUCACUGCCAAGCUGUGCUGGACAUUAUGCCAGGCAUAUGGAGGGAGUCUUCGUGGUGGAGCCAGAGUCAUAGCCUGUAUACUCUACUCAAGAUGUUUGGAAGCAGCGAAGCCACAGAGUCUCGAGACCUGUUAUAUGCGUUACGGGGGAUAUCCUCAGACGCAAGCGAGCCGGAUAUUCUGCCACCAGACUACGAGAAGUCGGAGCAGCAAGUGGCCAUCGAUGCCAUCCGCUUCCUCUGCGGCUGCGACUUGGACGACUACGAUGAUGAUGAGCGACGGUCAUUGCCAACUGACAUACGGAGCCUUGCAGAGGGCUUGGACUCUCUGACUUAUCACAGUUGCUUGGCACUUGCGAAGCUUUCCAAGACGGAAAAGUUGGAGUUUCUCCUCAGACGACCAGAAACGCAGAUUGGCAGACACCUUGUCAAUACCGUGUUCUUGAAUGAUCCAAAUGGCGAAAUGACGCAACUGCUCUUUCAAUGUCGAGGCAUAGACGUCGAGAUAACCGAAGAAGGCUUGGCUGAAGCUGCGAAGAACGAGACGGCUGCGGAAGAGGUCAUGACAGCUAUUCUUCAACACAAAACACACUCCACAAAGAUCACCACCGAAGUCCUCCUAGCCGCAGCGAGUAAUACUGGCUGCGGAGAGAAGGUGCUGAAGCUCCUUCUACCACAUAUUACUGGAACCAACGUUGGCUAUAUAGCCGAAGCGGCUGCCCUGAGCAACGACCGUGGGCACAAGGUGAUUGAGAUGCUCUUCCGUGUACAUCGCGGUAGAGACACCACGGUUCCCGUCAGACGGUCUACAAGAACUUCCACUAGGCGAUCGACCGAAGAUUUCAAAGUUACCACGUCGCUCUUGGAGACUGCUGCGAGGAACGAAGCAUGCGGAGCGCAUAUAUUUGCAGUGCUGUUCGAUCAACGGCCUCAAGACGUCAAGAUGACCCGCGAGUUGGUCCAGCUAGCCAUAUACAACAAGAGGAACGGGUUCCUGAUCCUCAAAUUGUUUCUUGAGCACCGGCCUGAGAGUCUAGCACUCAUGGAGAGCGUCGCCCGAUAUGCGGACGAGCCGCACGCACCGCAGGCAAAAGUCGCCUUUCGACUGUUUCUCGAGCACCUGGCAGCCCGCGGCCCGGCAACGACCCUGGAAUUGGCAACCUUUAUGAGGUGGUGUACUUCGAAUACUGCCCGGGAGUAUCUUCGACUGAGAGGGCGCGGACUUGCGAUUACGAAAGAAGUGGUUGGGGCGCUUGCGAUGAAUCGCCUGAGCAGGAAUAACACCAUCCAGAUGCUGAUGCGACACACAGCCCCGGUUCUCGAGCUCAGAAGAGAUGCGGCAUUGGAACUGGUCGCAAUCUUUGGUCCUUUGGCAUUGGACUGGCUUUUGCGAUAUCGACCGAAGGAGUAUAUCGACAGAGAGUCUAUUCAGUCCGAGGUCCUCGAGCACUUGAUGACGGAGGAAGAACGCGACACCUGGAACAUGCUUCCCUUUGCAGCUAGCAAAGGGCAUCAAGCGCUCGUCGAGCUUCUACUUGAGCGCGGCGCAAACAUUGAAGAGAAGCUUGAACUAGGCAACGUUGGGCCAACAGCCGCGAACCUCGCUGCAGCAGCCGGCCACAAAGAAAUAGUGGCCAUUCUGAUCGAACGGGGCGCUGAUAUCGAAGCAAGAGACUUGCUCGGACGAACGCCUCUCAUUUUAGCUGCCGAAAAACACGAGAGUACUGCUGAGCUGCUCUUGUUGAAAGGUGCAAGGGUAGACGCCAUGGACGACGAUGGAGGGACGCCGCUGAUGGCCGCUUCUCGGGGUGGAUUCAGAGCCCUCGUAGGGAAAAUCCUUGACACGAGGGCUGGGAUUGAUGACAAAGAUAAGCAUGGCAGAACGGCGCUGAUGUAUGCCGCUGUUGAGGGUCAUCAACGUGUUGUGAGGAUGCUGCUUGACAGGGGCGCCGAUAAGAGAAUGGUAGACAGCAAGGGUGCAACUGCGUUGACACUCGCCACAGAAGGGGGCCAUCGAUUGUUGGCAAGGCUCCUGAAAGACUAUCGGCAUAAGAGUGAGGUGGUUAGGGACCUCAGUGAGUGGCUUCGUCAGGGGCUAGCAGAUGGGACUCAGGGCGAAGAACCUGAGGACGAGGUGUUUGAUGCAUUUGAGUGGAACUCGAUAUGGCGUGAGAGGUGGUGA